AUGAGCAACCACACUAAAGUUGUUGACGGCGUCGUUGUGACCGACACUGACAUUCUAUCUCUGAUGGACUGGACAAACGUGUAUGAUGACAUUGGCGGCGACAUGCGCUGGGGUGAAGAUAUCGCUGAGCAAAUCAAGGAGCGGGGAUUGGAUGGCGAUGUUGGCGAUAAGGACUUCCUCUUUUGGAAUGCCCUUGAUGAUUCUAUGUACCUUGUGAAGGGGGGUUUGGACCUCCAAACCAUUGUGGGAUCUAUCGACGACCAGGGUUUCAAUGGACUUGAUCUAGAAGAAGUCUGA